ACGACAACAUGAGAGGAGUGAAAGCAGAGGAUGUGUGUGUGCGUAUGUGUGUGUAAUGAGAGUUAAAGCAAAGUGACUUCUGUUUUUUGGUGAGGGCUGGUGGCUGAGUGUGCGUGAGAGAGGAGAGAGAAGCAGAGUAGAUGUGUGUCUAUGUUGUUGAACGAGACGCUGCUGGGUGUGAUGGCUCUUUUGCAUUAGUACUUGUGCGGACAGGAGAGUUGGAGACUGUUGUUUUGCGGGAAUCGCAAGGAAUGGCAAACUCCACGGUAUCCUUGGAAACAUCCGACUAAAUGAUAAUGGCUGAGGCUAUCUGCUGCACUUUGUUGAACUGUAACUGUGACAGCUUCAAGCCCGGAAAGCUGAAAAGAAGGCAGUGCGAAAACUGCAAGCAUGGCUGGGUAGCACACGCCUUGAGCAAACUUAAGGUGCACCACAUGUACCAGAGCAGCCAGGUGGAGAUUGUGCACUCCAACGUGGUGUUUGACAUCUGCAGCCUGAUGCUGUUUGGAACCCAAGCCAUCCCCAUUCGCCUCAAGAUCCUUCUGGACCGGCUCUUCUCUGUUCUAAAGCAGGAGGAGGUCAUCCAGAUCCUCAAUGCCCUUGACUGGACCCUGCAGGACUACAUACGAGGAUACGUGCUCCAGGAUGUCGCGGGAAAGGUACUAGACAGGUGGGCUAUCAUGACGUUUGAGGAGGAAAUCGCCACCCUACAACAGUUUUUGCGUUUUGGUGAGACCAAGUCCAUUGUAGAGUUGAUGGCUCUGCAGGACAAGGAAGGCCAGGCUGUGUUGGUUCCAAGCACCCGCACCAGCUCAGAUAUCCGCACUUUCAUUGAGCGCAACACCCCACGCACUGUUGCCAGCCUCUCUACAUCCAAAGCCAAUAAAUUAAGCAGUAACAGCAUGCACCACUUUGAGAACUUUAUCAAUAGCAUGGCCUUCAUGCUGCCAUUCCAACUAUUAGGCUCUGUUCCUGCACCAUUUCUAGGCUCACCAACAGGGCCACUGCAGCAGCAGCAACACCAACAACACCAGCAGCCCUGCUGUGGGUCCUUGGAGCAGCAGAUUAAAAGACGAGAUGAUCUAGAGCAGGAUGACCUAGGGAAGGACAACACUCUUUCACAACCUCCAGAAAGCAGUCUGCGCUGUUCCAGCUCUCUCUCAUUCACAACUGAUCGAGAAAGAGCAGGAGACAAACUUAUCGACAACCUCUCCACCAUCACAAAGAUUGAGGCAGAAGACUUCUCCACUAGCGACAACUACUCUGACGGACCCUCCACGCCAUGCACACCUUCCAUGAGCUCUGAUGUAACACAAAUGUCACCUGAGGGGAAACUGCGCUGCUUGGACAGGAACGGGAGCAAUUGUGUGGGGGUCUCAGGGAGUGGUGGGUGUAUAGGCUCCCUGAAGAAGGGUCGUGUAUAUUGUAAUGCCUGUGAGAAAACUUUUUAUGAUAAAGGCACACUGAAAAUCCAUUACAAUGCAGUGCACCUAAAGAUUAAGCACAAGUGUACAAUUGAGGGCUGCAACAUGGUGUUCAGCUCCUUGCGUAGUCGCAAUCGCCAUAGUGCUAACCCAAACCCACGGCUUCAUAUGCCCAUGAAUCGCAACAACCGUGAUAAAGACCUGCGGGGCAGCAUAUCACCUGAUGAAAGCUCUCAAGGAGAAAAGAGGUCUGAAUAUGGCACACCCAUCCCUGUCUGCUCUGCAGAAAGCCAUAAAUCUGUGUCCAGCUACAUGGUGAGCCACGUAGAUGUUGGCUCAAAGCUCCACAGUAGCUCAUUCCCCAGCAUGGGCCAGAGUGGCAUCCUCUUUCCCAACUUGAAAACAGUGCAGCCAGUUCUGCCUUUCUACCGCAGUCUAGUAACUCCAGCAGAGCUUGCCAACACCCCAGGAACAUUACCCUCUCUUCCUAUUUUGUCCUCCUCUGUACCAGUCAAACCCAUCACAGCCCUUGAACCCUGCAUGGCAGACCCGAUACCAAAGAAAAAGUCACGGAAGUCGAGCAUGCCAAUAAAGAUAGAGAAGGAGGCAGUCGAAAGAGAUGAUCGGAUAGAUAAGGAGAGCAGCUCUGAGGAUGACAUUCCCUUACAUAGUAGGGACCAGGAAGAGUGUGAGAGUAUCAAAGCUGAAGGGCCUAUGUGUACAAGACCAGGUGGAGAGGAGAAGGAGUUGAGCAGGGCUUACACUUGUGAAGUAAAGGAGAGGGACAUCCCCAAAAACCUGUUGGACCGUACCUUAGAUAGAGAAAUGAAAGAGAGGAACAACCAAGAUGUUAGGCCAAGGCAAGCUGAAACAGAGGUAGUCACCCGUGCAUCCUCCCCCUUUGAAAACAGACUGAUUGAGAACCACUGUGAAAACAAUUUGCUAUGUCAUGAAGCCAAUGAAGAAAGGGUAGACAGGGAACAUGCAAACUCACUACAUGCGCCUGACACAUUUUCAGAGCUCAAGUGGGAAGAGGGUGAGCAUAGGAUGAAAAAUGGGGGCACUCUCCAGCUCAAAGACCAAGUCAGGGAAGAGGCUGAUGGGUGUGUCGAUGAUUAUAGUGACUCAGGGUUAUCUCACUAUGAACCCGAUGCUGACCUGCCACACCACUGUGAAAUUUGCAGUAAGACCUUUAAGAACCCCUACAGUGUCAAGAUGCACUACCAAAAUGUCCACCUGAAGGAGAUGCAUAUGUGCACAGUGGAUGGCUGCAAUGCUACCUUCCCCUCCCGCAGGAGCCGAGACAGACACAGUGCAAAUUUGAACUUGCACCACAAGCUACUGACCAAAGAAUCCUUUAGCCCAGCCAGCACACUCUACCUGCCCUCAUCCCACAGUAGAGACAGAGAGUCCGUUUGCCUGGACUACAGCCAGGACCGGGAUAGAGACCUACCCCAUCGAGACCCAACCAGCCACACCUCUGUCAUCUUCCGAGGACACAACCGAAUGGGUCUGGUCUUCCCUAUGAGCAAAAUGUGUACUGCACCAGACAGUGCAGAGGCAUUGCCCUUAGGAGAGAUGGACGGAUUAGGAGGGGGAGGGGUUGGAAGUGGGGAGGAUGGGGCUGUCCUGGACCUAAGCACCUCUUCUUCUGCCCCACCCCGUGGCAGCAGCAGUGCAAGAUCUUCCUGGGACUCCGAUGGAGCCGGCAGUGAGGAAAGGGAAGGGAUUGGGGAGAAUGAGGAGAUUCUCCCCAUGGAGGACAGUGAUGAAAGCUACGAUGGGAUUGGCAUGGGAAGGCCUGGGGGCGAAGAGUUGUCAUUCGGGGGGGAGAGGACCCUCAGCAGUAUUGUGGGAGGACAAGGUGGGCUUCAGGGAGGUGGGGGUGGAUCUCCAAUAACCUGCCACAUCUGCCAAAAGGUCUAUAGCAACAAGGGCACAUUCAGAGCCCAUUACAAGACUGUCCAUCUACGACUGCUUCACAAGUGUAAAGUCCCUGGCUGUGAUACAUCUUUCUCCUCUGUGAGAAGCAGAAACAGGCACAGCCAGAACCCGAACCUGCACAGGAACCUGGCGGUCAGUUCAGGUGCCCUAAUGGACCAGGAGUAGGGUCUUAAGAUCAUUCCCACAUGACUGAUUUCCUUUGUUCUAUUUGUCUUGUUGUUGCUGUUGAUGCUGUUGUUUUCUUUUGGGGUGCCUAAAAAGGCUAACCAAUUAGCACUUUUUAGAGUCUGUAAUAUCAUGAUGUAAUAUUUAGUAAAAACCGAGAGCAAAAAAAAAAAGAAAGUCCAAUCAGAAUUUAAUUUAUUGCAGCAAACACAAUCUCCUUUUGGAACAAUCAGCUUUGUCUGCGAAAUAAAUUUUGAUAAAGCAUUACAUACAUCUGUAUACAUAUCAGCAUACUGUUUUAAUAAAAACUAAAAGAUACAGUAAAUUCAUCUUCAAUCUCAAUAUUUCAUUGUAAGGCAGUACUGAUUUAUACCUAUUCCUUUUCCUUAUAGCCCAGUUUAUACAUAAAACAACAAGUAAUGUCUGUAUUGUCCAAACAAGAGUUGAAUCAUGCCACUGUACCAUGAGACGUUUUUUCUUCCAUUUCUUUUGUCGUCAGAUGUCCACAUUGUCCCUGUGAAGCUGUGCAUUAUGCAUUGAUCAAAUGCAGUAGUGAAGUGACGUCUUCAUCUGAUGUUUCAUUCGUGUGGACAAUGGUCUUCAAAAGAGUCUUUGUUAAAAAGCUCAAAAGACCAAUAAGUUAUUGUAUGGUGUUGACCUUAUCUGUCUUUACUGUUUUAGUUGUUCCACACUGCGAAUGUUUACCAAAGAUUUUUUCCGACCACAGGUGUGUAUAUAAGGUUCCUCAUAUUGUGUGAGGGGUGUUCAGUAUUAAAAGGAGCCCAGCCAGUCUUCUCUCGCCUACUUUGUGAUUAUCAGCAGUAUUUAGACUUGGGCUCUAUUGUUACAUACAAUGAUAUUCACAAAAUAAACCAAAAUAUUACGAAAACCUUUGACUGAUCAGUGUGAAAGAAAUCUGGAUAUUGCUGAUGUUUCAUUAUGAAACGUGCUCAUGGGACUAGACUUGAUUAAGGCAGUGCUCUUGUAUUGUCUUUGGGGUUUCUUGCAGUAUCUUGACUGACUGAACAUACAGAUGGAAGUAAUGCUGUAUUUGGAGACUACAGAAGCAUAUACUAUGAAUGAGUCAGACACUGAGAAAUAACAAUGGAAAAAUGUAAUUUUUAAUGAUGAUCACACCGUUAAAGGAACGGGUGAAGAAAAAGUGUAUUCAAUUGUAUAUUCUGUGAAUAGAGUAAUUUGUUAUUUGAAAGAAACCCAAAAAAAUAUACUGUAUAAAAUAGGUAAGGUUCACCAUUAAUAUUAUAUGUUUUCCCUUUAAAAAAAUAAAAAAUGAGUGAACAAGAAAUUGUGUUGUAUUUGUAUGAUUACUUCACCAUGGUUUACCGUUCUGGUUUUUCUCUAUAUUCUGCAUUUUUUUUUUUUUCAUUCUGUAUUUAAAUGCAGUGGACCCAAUUUAAGAUCCUGUUUGUUGGAGCGAAAAACCAGACCAUGCUGAUAGGUGUUCAUGUUUCCUUUGAUUUAAUGUUACAAUAUUCAUUCGAAUUAAAUAAAAAGCCAUAUG